AUGAAUCGACUCGCAGCAUUGAAGACAAGGGCUGAGUGCAAUGCAGCCCCACUCCUCGAUGAUGGGAGCAAGGAGUGCGAAGCGCCGCACGAGUACAUGCACAACUCUGAAGACACCUGCAGCUCGGAUUCCGACGAUGCGAGGGAGAGUAACAGCGGUCUCCAGCAUGGGGGCAGUGAAGCCAGCGCCAGCGAUGACAAUAUCGACUCGGGCAACGAGAGCGGCAAAGACGACGGCGGGGACGAUGGCGGCAAUGGGCAGCACGACGACCCUUUUUUUUGCGCAUCGCGCGACGCGGAUGAGGUCUCCGCCAACACGUUGAGCGCCGCGCUCCUCAGUGACCUCAAUACAUCGCACACCCCUCGAACACCUCAUGAAGAGCGGGUGGCGCAGAGAAAGACCACCAGCUGUUGCGUCUGCGGGACACGCGCCGUGUACACUUGUCCCGGCUGUGGUCGCCGCACGUGCAGCAUGACAUGCGUGCGCGUGCACAGGGAAGACUUCAAGUGCACUGGUGUGCGCGAUAUGGCGGCCAAGAUCCCGCUUAGUGAGUUCACAGAUCAGCAACUGCAGCGCGACUACCAUUUCCUAGAGAACUGUCGUCGUGUCAUCGGCAACAUUGAACGGUGCUUUCCCCGCAUGUCAUGGCGGUACACCUACAAGGCGCUGCCUCCACCCCUGCACGCCCUGCGUGAUGCGGCGCGGCGCCGUGGUGUUAUCUGCCAGAUCACGUCGGAGGGGAUGCGCAAGCGAGACGAGAACACGAGUCGGCUAGACCGCAAGACGAACACGAUUGUGUGGCGCUGCGAGUUUCAGUUUAGCAGCGCCGACGACGAGGCUGAGUGGACGACCAUCUCCACGGACUGGGGCAGCGAACGCCACCGGCUCGGCGACGUCCUCAAGUACUGCUGGGCCACCAACCCGCCACUUCUGUGCUACCACAUCAACCGGCGGUACAAUGGGGCCACCAAGUACGUGGGCGGAUCAGCGACAAAGACCGCGAAGAGUAUCGGGGACGAGGUAUUUGACGAAACGAACCCAACACAGCGCGACAGCGCGGCAGUGCCGCAGGAAACGGUAGUGCGUGAAGCCUCCGCAGGGGCCCAACCUACAGGUGCACAUGCCUUGCCCACGACGGAAGUUGCUAGGGUGGCGGGGGACGAGGUCGAGUGCAAUGUCGCACCGCUGACUGUCGCUGCUGUAGAGUCUGAGGCUGCAGAUAGCACUGAGGAGUGCCCAGUGAAUGCCCCAGCAGAGCCGCUACCGCUGCGCGCCUACGAGGAGGUGCCGCCGACGCCUCUGAUCGAGCCAAUAACCCCCCAAGAGGCGCAGCAGCAAGCGUUUGUGCAGGCGUUUCUCGCACAGGAGUACUUCAUUUUGUCCAAGGCGGAGCGGCUGGGCAACGACGCGCGGUACUUUCUUCUUGACCCGUACGAUACCCUCAACGAAAAUCUGCGACGGCUCUUUUUCAUCAACGAGUUCCCUGUGUUUGUUGUCGUCCAUGCCUCCCAGCUGCAUCGCUUCACCCUCGUUACGGAGGAGGACAAGGAGGCGAUUCGGAGCAGCUUCCGCUCGAAGAAGACGCACGAGCCGCACGAGCGGCCGCGGAUGCGCAAACGGAGUGAGAUGGAGCCUGAAGAGGUGGAGCGACUGAGUCGCGUGCCGUGCCGGCGCUUCCUUCAAGGCCGCUGCCUGCUUGCAGAGGACUGCCCCUACUGGCACUGCACGCCAAGCGAGAUUCCUGUGUGCCGCACGUUUCUUCGUGCUGGGCAGUGCGAUAAGGGGGCACGAUGCAGCUUCCGCCACGACGCCGAUGCGGUGCGGAUUGCCCGCAAGCGCCAACGCGACGGUCUCAGCGAAGACGGUAGGCCCAUACGCGGUCGUUGCGUGGGGCGCGGCCGCGGCUUCAACCGGUGGCGUGAUGGUGGCCGAGGACACAGCGGCAUGGGCGGCAGCGGCUCCUACCCACCGCGUCCCCGCACCGGCUAA